UGUGAUUCUUAUUGGGUGUCGAGUUGUUUUACGUGCAAGAUGUCGCGGAAGAUUUUGGGUUUUUAUGUUUUGUGUUUUUUCCAUAUUUAUGUGACCUCUAAAAAGAUCAGAACACCUUCAUACAUCAAACCAUGUUCGAUCAGUGCUCCGGAUUUCGAAGAUUGUUGUUUAUCACAUGGAAAAGAAGCUUUACCUUAUAUAAUAAAGGGAGAUAGAAGAUUUGGUAUACCAAACAUGAUACCUUUAACGAUCCCACAAAUCGAUGUGGAUGCCGGAAAUAAUUUGAAAAUAUUAUUAAAGAAUAUCAAAGUAUUCGGUUUAGAUAAAACAAUUUUAAACAAAGUUAAAUUUGAUACCGAUGCAAAAAAAUUAAUGAUCAAUAUAUCGAUACCGCAAUUAAGUUUAAGAGGAAAUUAUGAAAUCGACGGAAGGAUAUUGAUUUUACCCAUAAGGGGAAACGGAGAUUUAGACAUAUUGGCUAUUGAUGGAAUAUAUCAGUAUAACGCCGAAUAUAUAAUCCGCAAAUAUAAAGGCGACGAUUAUUUUGAUUUAACUGAAAAGGACACUUUGGACUUCGAUCUCAAAAAUAUGAAAAUUAAACUCAAUAAUUUAUUUGACGGUGAUAAAAAAUUGGGUGAUCAAAUGAACAAAUUCUUGAACGAAAACUGGAAAGAAGUUUUGAGCGAAUUCGGACCGGCCAUUAGUGGUACUGUACGAUCUAUAGGGCGUUCGAUAGCUUCGGCAAUAUUCAAAAAAAUUCCCUAUCACGAAUUAGUGUUAGAUUAAAUUCGUAUUGUUGCUUCGUAGUACUUUAAUAAAUAGAUAAUCGAAAUUAAUCAGUAUUUCGGGACAACCUGUAUAAUAAAAUAAAAAAAUAUGACACGAAAA